ACACACUCACACACCUGGAACUUUAUGGAGAUAUGUAUGUACCUAAUAAUACAUAAGCAGGAAAGUAAAUAAGUCUAGCAAAAUAUUUGCACGGACACACAUUGGCAACUGUUAGUUUUAAAGUUUUAUUGCCGAAAAAACACUGAUUAAUUUUGUGUGAUUGACAAUAUUUUACAAAGAGUACAUUUUUAGAAGGUGCAUAAAUAUUUACAAGAAGUAUUAACUUGAAGACCGAAAAUUUUGAAAAUUCAGUAAACUUUAAAGUGGAAGUUUAACAAAGCAAAUAAAUAUUCUACAUAGAAGCGUCAUAAAGUGUAUCCAAUACUUACGUAAUUUUGUAAUUUUACAAAAUUUUAUGUUUUACCCGCUUUUAAGUGGAGACUCAUUUCACCAUGUGGACGAAGGGGAGCAAGUCCUCCCUGCCUAAAAAGACUGUUAACCUGGCUGGUUACGACGCCAAAUUGGGUACCGGGUCCUCCUCCACUUCCGGCGGGGACACGGGGCUGCCUCCCGCUUCAAUUUAUUACUGUGCUCGAACCUUUCCCGACAAGAAAUCCUGCCGCUGUUGGAACUGCCCGUUUCCGUUCGUCUGCGGCCCCAAAUCCGGCUGCCCGUGUGCCGAAUGUGCCGACCUUCUCGGUUUCAGAGUCAAUUCGGCGGGAGAUCUGGCCAAACCGGGCGGUUCCCUGGGGGACGGUGGGGACACCGCUAUGACGCCACAGAACCUGUUUUACUGCGGGAAAUGGAAGAUGGCGUGCCGCUGUGGGACCUGCGAUGGGCAGUGCGGGCCGCUGAGUGGAUGUCCGUGCCACGCAUGCGUGGAGUUGGUUGGGUUCAGGGUGAAUCGAGACGGAGUUCUGUGCCGAAAAGAGGGUGAAGUGUGGUAUUGUGGGAAGAAGAGGAAGGGAAAUUGUGAAUGUGGCGGGGAUUGUGGGGAGAAAUGUGGGGGGAGCGGACCUCGUGGGAGUGGGUGUCCGUGCGAGGCGUGUUCAAAUAUCGGCCAGCCCAUCGAGGAGAAAUUGGUUGACUUGACAACGACGGAAUCAGAGCCCCGUCAAGAGGCAGGUUUGGAUAAACGAAUUUCUAAUUGCGACAUUUUGACGUCUGAGUUAGGACCAGAUUUCUCCUUAGUCCCACAACCAUCCGGGGAAGAUGGGGAGGUCAGUGGAAUUGUUACACAGUGAAAUUCAAUUAAUGUCUAAAUUUGUAAGACUCUCGUGACAAUGAUGUCCUCUGUUGUAUCCCCUAAGAGUCUGAUGUUUUUUGUAAGUUUUUUUCUAUCAAUCACAAAUUUAAUUAGUACAUAUAAAAUUUGCCAAAGAUUAAUAUUAAUUUCGAAGCUUGUAACGUUACCUUAUACACAUACCUGUUCAAAGAAAACUUGUUUCAUUCAAUGUUCAGUCAUUCCGACUUCUGAGGAGGGGAGGUUGUGUACUAUUAUAAUACUAUCAUAAUACAUAAGCCACAUGAAUGAAAGUGAACAGGCAUGCUUAUACAAACAAAUGCUUAGGUUUGGCAGAAAUGCACAGAUACUUGCAUCCAAUGGGGAUAAAAUAACCACGCAGCGUUUUUUAAAGUAUUUAAAGUUAAGUUAAAAGCUUGUAGUUAAAGAUUUUAAAGAAGAAUAAAUGAUUGUAUCGAGGAUUACAAUUGUC